GUAGGCGGGAGAAAGGGUAGCAACAGUUGCCUCGAGACCCCCGCGCUCGCGCACCAUAGCGACUGUAGUCGUGGAGACCGUUUCUUACCAACAGCGGAGAGCAACAGCAGCAGCAGCAGCGGAAACUGGAGCCGAAGCUCAAAGUGUGUGUGUAUGUGUGUAUGUGUGUGUAUAUGUAUAUGUGUGUAUGUGUGUGAGAGAGAAAAGACAAGAAAACAACCAGAAAGCUGCGAAACACAAGGACAGGCUUUAAACACGCUUCAGCAACAGAGUGAGAGAGAGAGAGAGAGAGAGAGCGAGCAUCAUGCAGAACUCAGAGGGCGGCUCGGAGGCAGCGUCCACAGUGGCGCUACAGACGACCACUUCGGCCCAGGCGCCGGUUGUUCAACCUGUACCUCCGUCACAACAGCGAGUGUUAGUCCAGGCCACAGGCUCGUCCCCAAAGCCACAGGUGCAGCAGCUGUCUAGAGUUCAACAGGUUCCUCAGCAGGUGCAGCAUGUACAGCACGUAUACCCCACCCAGGUGCAGUACGUCGAAGGAGGAGAGGCCGUCUACCCCAACGGCACCAUCCGCACGGCUUACACCUAUAACCACGAUGCCCAGCUCUACGGUCAGGCCAGCGGUAACGCCUACUUUGACACUCAGGCAGGGGCGACGCAGGUCACCACGGUAGUCUCUUCAGCAAGCAGCGUGCCCUCACACGGCAUGGUGGGCAUCGCCAUGGACGUGGGCGGGAGCCAGGUGAUCUCCAGCAGCGGCGCUUAUCUCAUCCACGGGGGCAUGGACGGCCGCCACCACGCCACUUCGUCCUCCCGCUCUUCUUCUGCAAUGCUUGAAAUGGCGAUUGAAAACCUCCAAAAGUCUGAAGGGAUUGCUUCUCACAAGAGCAUCCUGCUCAACAGCCAUCUGCAGUGGCUGUUGGAUAACUAUGAGACAGCGGAAGGAGUGAGUCUGGCACGCUGCUCCCUCUAUAACCACUACCUGCGUCACUGCCACGAGCAGAAGCUGGACCCAGUCAACGCCGCCUCCUUUGGCAAACUCAUCCGCUCAGUGUUCAUGGGGCUGCGGACUCGCCGCCUUGGCACCAGGGGAAACUCAAAGUACCACUACUACGGCAUCCGCGUGAAGCCUGACUCUCCUCUCAACCAACUGCAGGACGACACUCAGUACAUGGCCAUGCGACAGCAGCCCAUCCACCAAAAACAGAGGUUUAAGCCGCUGCAGAAGGUGGGUGGGAUGGGUGAUUGCAUUUCCUUUGGCUCUCAGCACUCCAGCAGCACUCCGGAGCAGAGUGUGGCCGCCCAGAGCCAACACCACCAACAGUACAUCGACGUGUCCCACGCCCUGCCCCCGUUCCCCUCUCUCGCUCUGGACUCCUGUCCGCUGCCGGAGCGCAUCACCAUGAACGACGUGAAGAAGCUACAGAGCAUCUACAGGGACCACUGUGAGGCCACACUAGACGUGGUGAUGAAUCUGCAGUUUCACUUCAUCGAGAAGCUGUGGCAGACCUUCUGGUAUUCAGCACUGCCAUCUAGUGACGGCAACACCACCAUCCCCAGCAGUGAUGAGGAAAUGGAAGGCGUGAUCCCGAGGGAGAAGCUGAUUGCGCUGUGUAAGUUCGAGCCGGUGAAGCAGUGGAUGAGGAGCUGUGAUCACAUCCUGUACCAGGCCCUGGUGGAGAUCCUCAUCCCUGACGUCCUGCGGCCCGUUCCCAGUACUCUCACUCAGGCUAUUAGAAACUUUGCUAAGAGCCUAGAGGGCUGGUUGACUUCAGCGAUGAGUAACUUCCCCCAGGAGAUCGUCCGCACCAAGGCCGCAGUGGUGAGUGCGUUUGCGCAGACGCUGCGCAGGUACACCUCUCUGAACCACCUGGCGCAGGCGGCUCGGGCUGUGCUGCAGAACACGUCUCAGAUCAACCAGAUGCUCAGCGACCUCAACCGCGUCGACUUCGCCAACGUGCAGGAGCAGGCGUCGUGGGUGUGUCAGUGUGACGAGAGUGUGGUGCAGCGUUUGGAGCAGGAUUUUAAGAUGACCCUGCAGCAGCAGAGCUCUCUGGACCAGUGGGCCGCGUGGCUGGACAGCGUGGUGAGUCAGGUGCUGAAACCACACGAGGGCAGUCCCAGCUUCCCCCGCGCUGCACGCCAGUUCCUCCUCAAGUGGUCCUUCUACAGCUCCAUGGUGAUCAGAGAUCUGACUCUGCGCAGCGCGGCGAGUUUCGGCUCUUUCCACCUGAUCCGCCUGCUCUACGACGAGUACAUGUUCUACCUGGUGGAGCACCGCGUCGCCCAGGCAACCGGAGAAACCCCCAUCGCUGUCAUGGGAGAGUUCAGUGACCUCAGCUCGAUGAUGCCAUCCCUCAUGGAGAAAGAUCCGUCAUUCUCAGACGACAUGAGUGACCUGGGCAGCGACGCAGACGUGUCUCGGGGGACAUGCGAGCCCGCCGUGAAGAGAGAGAGAAUCGAGAUUAACCACACUCUGCAGGAGAUCUGAAACCGGUCCAGCGUGUGUGUGUGUGUGUGUGUGUGUGUGUGUGUGUGUGUGUGUGUCUAUGUGUGUAUAUGUGUGCGUGAAUGUGUGUGUCUUUAUAUAUAAGCAAACAUCAGAAUCCACCAUUCUGCUAGUGCGAGUUGGUAUAACACUGGCUGGAUUCUUGUUGUUUGUGAGGAACUAAUGCAGUCUAGAGGCUUUAUAGUUUGUGCUUGAGGUUUGUUUUCUUUUUCCUUUCUUCUUCUUCUCCUUCUUCUUCUUCUCCGUGCCUCUGUGUGUGUGUGUGUGUGUGUGUGUAUGUGUAUAAUUUGUGCCAUAGUAUCCUUUCAGUGCCUUAGACGAGAGCAGAAACCACUCGAGCGCACACCGUGCCUGUCCUGCGGUACGACCGUAUCGUCUCUCGAGCACCUUUGGAAGAAAAAAUUCGAGAUCCCCGUAGUGUUGGCUGCUUUCGCUCGGGUUCCACACCAACACACGAUAAAUCCCCUCCCUGAACAAACAUACGAAGCACCCCGUCCGUACGAGCACCCCGUCCGUACGUAUGAGCCGUCGAUACCUCAACUGUUUCUAUGCUGCGCUGUGUUUUUAUGUAAAGAGAUUCAACCGUCCGAGAGCUGCUCCUCAUGUUUGUUCUUGAUGUAUAUAAAGUUGGCUUUAUGGUUAGCGAUUAACACCUACGUUCACACCAGCGAGCGGCAAGCCACCGUUCGCCCUCUACGUUAUGUUCACGAAAACAGAGCCGUGAUCUCGGCGACAUUUGAAUUGACGUUUUCUCUAUUAUAUGCAAAUUAGGUACAAGAAGACAAAGCGACAAAUCCGAACGAUUGACUUGACAGAUUCCUCGGAUCGAUCCUGUGGCGUCUGUCGUCAAACACAAAAUGCAGGAAAUAUGUAUAACGUUGGUUUCAUCUGAUCCUGACUUAAAGUAAAUGUGUAUAGAGACAUUACGAGGAAAAAUAAAACUCGGAAGAAGGACAUUUCAGAGAUCGUCUGCACCGUGUGUGUGUGUGUGUGUGUGUGUGUGUGUGUGUGUGUACGGAAACCUGUAGUCAGCUUGCUUUGCUAAUCUGUUACAAAGCUAGUCUGAAGUCUAGCAAGUGACAUGCAAAUCAAACAACCAAUUUGCACACUGAUUAUUUAAUUUGGGUGUUACUAGUUAGCUUUAGAAGUUAUAUAUAGCUACUUAUAAGAACUAGAAAUAAAUGCUUGGCAGGCCACGCCCACAAGGUAUCUGUAUUUCUACACACCAACAAGAGACGAAUUACAACCGAAACGAGUGAAUUGUCGCCUGCUAGUGUGAACACAGGGUCUAAACUUUUGUCCCAGUAACAGCUGAGUCAGUAGUGAAGACCCGAAUCGAGGCGUUCCAGCGUUUUUUCUUUUUUUUUUUUUUUCGUAGGAUUUAAAUGUCUGUAUGGAUGGAAGUGUUGGUGUGCCGCGUACGUGUAACAGAACGACAGUCUGAGCUCGCUGGUUUGUUCCGAACACUGCCUCUCACACACAAACAUAGGAUGUUAAACCUUAUACAUAACAUGUACAUUUUAUCAUUUUUAAUAGAUUCAAUUUUUUUAAAAUUACGAUUUUAAAUGGAAUGAUUGAUUGUUAUUGUGUGAUAUGAAUACUCAAGAUUUCUAGAUAUUUUAUAAAACCUUUCAUUCACCCUUAAACUGAAAUAUGCACACACACGUCGCCUUGGUGCUGGAUUUCCGAUUGUGCUUUUUGUUCUCGUUGUAUGAAAACAUAUCUAUUUAUAUAAAAGUGCCCGAUUUUCCUGUUUAAUAUCCCGUUAAACUCUUGAUUAUUUGUUUUUAAUUGAAAUUUUUUCCAAGUUAGGAUAUUAGAACUCGUUCAGCUCCCGGUUUGUCGCUCGCGUUGUGUUUCUUUCUCCGUGUUUACAGAUGCAGUAUGAUUUUUUUUUUUUUUUUUUUUUUUUUUUUUUCCCCCUCCUAAAUUUUACACCUUUUAUCCGGGACGUGAUUUGUUGUCUCCGUGGCCUUUUUUCUCUCACUCUAUUAUUGGUUAUGAGCGUUUCAGGCUGUUAGUGCGUUUAAGGAAAUUUGUGUAACUUGGUAAUAGUUUUUUUUUUUUGUAUUGCUGUUUUAGAUGGAUUAUUUUUUAUUUUUAUGGGAGUAGAUAUGAUUCUUCUCACAACUAUAUUUUGAGGAAAAAAAAAAAAAAACAACCGUUCUUGAAUAUUCUUACCUAGGCUAAGAACAGACUGCAGUCUGUAAUAAAAUCUUACUUCAGUUGUAUUUUGUACUGGUUUAAAAGAAAAAAAAAUAAAAGAAGUGUAAUAAAUUGGUGUAAACCACUUAA